AUGGGACAUUUGAAGCUCAAAAGCAUUGAGGUGGACAGCACCGUAAAGAAGCUAGGAGAUCCACUCAAAUUCAAUCUUCGGUUUGUAUGUUUUGAGGAGAUAAAGUGUGGGGUCGAGUUUGUCGUUCUGUACAACAUGGAUGUGCAUUCUGACGAAAAUGAUCAGGUGCUUGCAGAGAUCGAGGUUGCACCUAUUCCCAAAGGGAAGAUUGAGUUUAGCAUUGAUGCUGAUGCUCCCGAUGUGAAUAAGAUACCGUUAGAUGAGAUGUUUGGGCUGACGUCCAUUCUCAUCGUUGGGAGGUACAAAGGACAGCAGUUUAUCAGGAUAGGAUAUAUUGUCGAUGUGGGAUAUCCAGGAAUACCUAGCACUAAGCUUAUGAAGAGUGAUGUGGAAGAGCCAUCUGAGGAGAUUGGGGACAAGGAAGAGGAAGAUGAAGAGGACGUGGAGGAAGAGCUGGGGAGCGAAGAGGGAUCUGAGGAGUCAAGCUGCAUAGUGGAGGACAAGGAUGAAGACAACGAAGAAGCGGAGCCAAGGACGUUCAUGGAGGCGGUUGAGGAUGUAGGCAACGAAGGAAAAGAAAGGUUGUUUGAGUCAGAGGGAAGAGAAGAGGAGGAAGACGAAAAGGUUGGGUCCGACUCCUACUCCGAAGUCAACAGAGAGCUUAACAAGAGCGUUGGAGAAGAAGCCGAGGGAAGUGAUGGAGGUGAGGACGUGGUUGACUACUGCGGUUUUAGGAUUGACAAAAAGCAGAUCGAGAUGAAGCUAAUGGAUCCCCCAGUGAUUAACCUAUUUGAGAUAGAGUGGGAGGAGGAAAGUCCUAGCGAGGAAGUGCCUAGGAACAAUAAUGAAAGUCCGGCAAAGAAACAAAAGGUUGAAUAA